AUGAAGGAAGGUGGGAGAAUUGUGUCCUCAAAACCUUUUGCACCUCUGAAUUUUAGAAUUAACAGUCGAAACUUGAGUGAUAUUGGCACUAUAAUGAGAGUUGUGGAGCUAUCACCACUGAAAGGGUCUGUGUCAUGGACCGGGAAACCAGUUUCUUACUACCUGCAUACUAUUGACCGAACCAUACUUGAAAACUAUUUUUCUAGUCUCAAAAAUCCAAAACUCAGGGAGGAACAAGAGGCAGCUAGACGUCGUCAACAAAGAGAAAAUAAGAGCAACACAACUACUCCAACGAAGGUUCAAGAAAACAAGGAUUCUGGUGCUGAAGAAGAAAAGGCUGGGACAAAUUCUGUUAAAAAGCCAUCUCCCUCCAAAGCACGGAAGAAAAAGCUAAGUAAAAAAGGAAGGAAAAUGGCAGGCAGGAAACGAGGUCGUCCCAAGAAAAUGAACACUGCAAAUACAGAGCGAAAGACCAAGAAGAACCAAACUGCCCUAGAACUUCUGCAUGCUCAAACUGUUUCACAGACAUCUUCAUCCUCUCCUCAGGAUGCGUACAAGUCACCUCAUAGUCCAUAUUACCAACUACCUCCUAAAGUGCAACGGCAUUCAUCUAACCAGCUACUGGUGACACCUACCCCACCCGCACUACAGAAGCUGCUAG